AAGACUGCUAGAGGGAUACUCAACGUCGUCAAUUCGACUUAAAGUCCCGAAAUAGCUUUUAAAAGCUUUAAUUGCGUGUACCUAUGUGUAUCAUAAGAUGUUUUUUUCUGAGUAGGUCGAUACCAUGAUCAACAUGUGUGGGAGACUGCAUCACCUUAUCGACAAGCUGAACGACGCCAGAGAAACUCUAGAAAAUGUAACCGAAGAUUACACGGUCGAUGGUGAAAGCGCAAGACUGCGAUUCCACAAUCGCUGUAAGAGAUAUCUGGAGCGGUACUUCUACCUGAUAUGCUUCAACGCAUAUCUUCAUGACCAGUAUGGUUUCAGGUUCCACACCAGUUUCAGCCAAUGGAUGCGUGACAACCCCAUGUUAUACAGGCUUCUUGGACAACUAGAUAUAUCUGAGAGAACGACAAAGCCCAGUUUACUCUUAGAUAAUACGCGCUACUUGGUUAGUGUUUAG